AUGUAUUCCAGUGAGCCUGUUGUGGGUGCCGACCCCACGGGCGGCUAUAGGGAAUCAGAUUUGAUGGCUGUAGACGGGACCCGCAGCAGUCCACAGACAAGUGAUGGACCUGCGGAAUAUGUCCCUAUGCCAGCUUAUGGGAGGGUGGAACCAUCUCUUAGCCUGAUUCCUUUGGUAUCGGAUAACAAAAUGGAUUCCUUAACCUACGUUAAUAGCAAUGUCGAUCUUUUAUCAUCGAAUGCCGGGAAUCCCUGCGACGGCUCGGCGAGCGUGCAACCAACCACUCCGAGUGGGCGUCAGCCCACCCCGCGAAAGACCGAUGACAUCCUCAGUCAACGUGAUGUCUGUGUGAGUCAGUUGUGUGAGAUUAUGGUUGAUAUUCUGCAGCGGACGCCAAAGAGCAUUGAAUUUGAGAAGCUCAAGACAAUUUUCUACGAAAAAAUGAGGGAAUUGGAGCAGAAUCAUCGAAUAGAGAUAAAGCGAAGCGGUAACACGAUAAUGAAUAUGCGCAUGGAGAUGUUAGAGGAUCGUGUUCGUUUACAGACCAUCGAGAAAGGCUUGCAUGAAAACUACAAUUCGGAUCUUAAAUACAAGGCAAAUGAACUUCUAGAUCUUCGAACUAAGGAGGUAUACAAUGAGAACCUCGAGUUAGUCCGAGAGAAGACGCUUCUCGCGAAUGAUGUCAGGAUUGCACGCGAACGAGAGUGUGCGUUAGACAAAGAGAACAUAGCCUUGCGUCGUGCUGUGAACGUUAACGCAUCGAUCGAAUCGGAUCUCAAGACCAAAUGUCUUCAGUACAAGAAAGAAAUUGACAAACUCAAAAAACAGAUUAAGACGGUGGAAGAUUCUAUGGAAACGGUCACGAAGGAUUAUAUAGAAUGUUUAGCACGCCAGGACACUCAGCACGCGAAGCAGAUUAAAGCGCUAACAAAGGAAAGAGAUGAUGCCAGGUUCGACGCUCUGCAGCUCAAUGCGGGGCUCAUCCAGCUGCGCAAGGCGUCGUCACGGGUGUUAUGCCAGCGAGGGGAGUUGGAGAACUUUUUUCACGACGCCCUCCGAGAGGUCAGGGAGCAGAUCGUCUGCGAGCGGCACCGCCAGCUCCUGGCCAACUACACCCCAGGCAUCUCUGGCCGCGGUCCCACCACCUCACAGGAGAUUGUGAGCUCCUCUCGACACACCCAUGCCUCCGCACUGCGAAUCGAAAAUCAGCGGCUUCUGCAGCUUAUGGGCUGCCCCGCGGCCCAUCCCACCUUAAUCCCACUUUACCAACCUCCUCAUGAGCGCGGUGAAGGAUUUUACGACGGCACCAGUAGCCCGUCCCCGACAUCGGCUUCGCAGGGAAAACGUCGUAUCGGCGUCCCCAGCGAGAGUAGUACCGGCAUGGAGGCGCUUCCCCCGAUCCCGCAUGGCGCCGCGUCGGGCUCGACGUCCGACCAGUCUUCGCAGUUGUGCGUGUUUGAGCCGAAAAUGGAAAGCCUAAAGGGCAGUUCGCCAUCCCACGGACAGCAGGGGCCUUCUUCUUCGUCGCCGGAGCGUGGCGCCCUCGUCAAGGGCAACGGGUUGUCGAGUAGACCUGGUGGCAUCACGUGGAAGACGAUCGGGCAGGUGGAUAUAUCAGAGCUCGGUUGGCCGGACAAGGAGCGGGUACUUCAGCUUCUCUUUGAGCGUAUCCGGAUGCAGCAGCAGCGGUUAGCGCGAAAAGCGAUCAUUCAAGAGGACAAGAAGACGGAGAAUAGUUCCUUAAAGAGUGAAUUGGCAGACCAUUCGGGGUUAUCCAUCGAAGAAGUGUCAAAAUCAACCCUUUUCAUUACGCAAACAUAA